GCAUGCGCGGGGCCCAGGGGCGCGGGUGAGGGCGCUUGCCGCGGGCUCGUGCUGGGAGAUCCCGGGCCCCUGGAGCCGCUUCUAGCUCGGCCUCCCUUCGAGCGUCCAGGGCCUUCCCGGAGCCUCGGCGUCCGCAGCUGUCGGUGGGGCUGGGGGCUGGGUAGAAGUGGAGGCCGGGGACCUCGGAGACACUGCGUCCUUAAGUUGUCACCCCGGGGAGAAGGCCCACCAAGCGAGUGCCUCGGGUGCGUCUUCCUUCAGCGUGGUCGAGUUUGGGUGUCACCGGCUGGAGGAGGUUUCCCGAGGCCUCCGGCGACCCCCUAGGCUAGGUGGCCCGAAACCCCGACAGACCGACUCUCCUGCGCCUGACGGCUGAGUCCCACGGGAGGGACUCGCACGCGGACUGCGGUGAAAGGCCCUGCCUCGUGGCAAGACAAGCUCAAAACCAGGACGCUGUCAUCACAGGAGCUUGGAGCCCGGGGCUGAGAGCAGACUGCCGGGUCAGGAUGGUGGACAUGGAGAGCCCCAUCUGUCCCCUGUCCCCGCUGGAGGCCGACGACCUGGAAAGCCCGUUAUCUGAAGAAUUCCUGCAAGAAAUGGGAACCAUUCAAGAGAUUUCUCAGUCCAUUGGUGAGGACAGUUCUGGAAGCUUUAGUUUUACAGACUACCAGUACUUAGGAAGCGGUCCGGGAUCAGAUGGAUCCGUUAUUACAGACACCCUGUCUCCAGCCUCCAGCCCCUCGUCCGUCACCUACCCUGUGGCUCCUGCUGGUGCUGAUGAGUCGCCCAGUGUGGCACUGAACAUCGAAUGUAGAAUCUGUGGGGACAAAGCCUCGGGCUACCACUACGGAGUUCAUGCCUGUGAGGGUUGCAAGGGUUUCUUUCGGAGAACCAUUCGGCUAAAGCUGGUCUAUGACAAAUGUGAUCGGAGCUGUAAGAUUCAGAAAAAGAAUCGGAAUAAGUGCCAGUAUUGUCGUUUCCACAAGUGCCUCUCGGCCGGGAUGUCCCAUAACGCAAUUCGAUUUGGGCGCAUGCCAAGGUCUGAAAAAGCCAAAUUGAAAGCAGAAAUCCUCACAUGUGAACAUGACCUAGAAGAUGCCGAGACCGCAGAUCUCAAGUCUCUCGCCAAGAGGAUUUACGAGGCCUACUUGAAGAACUUCAACAUGAACAAGGUCAAGGCCCGGGUCAUCCUCGCGGGAAAGGCCAGCAAUAACCCGCCUUUUGUCAUACACGACAUGGAGACACUGUGCAUGGCCGAGAAGACGCUCGUGGCCAAGCUGGUGGCCAACGGCAUCCAGAACAAGGAGGCGGAGGUCCGCAUCUUCCACUGCUGCCAGUGCACGUCCGUCGAGACCGUCACGGAGCUCACGGAGUUCGCCAAGUCCAUCCCGGGGUUCGCAAGCUUGGACUUGAACGACCAGGUCACGCUGCUGAAGUACGGCGUCUACGAGGCCAUCUUCGCCAUGCUGUCCUCUGUGAUGAACAAGGACGGGAUGCUGGUGGCGUACGGCAAUGGCUUCAUCACGCGCGAGUUCCUGAAGAGCCUGAGGAAGCCCUUCUGCGACAUCAUGGAGCCCAAGUUUGACUUCGCGAUGAAGUUCAACGCGCUGGAGCUGGACGACAGUGACCUCUCCCUCUUUGUGGCUGCUAUCAUUUGCUGCGGAGACCGGCCCGGCCUCCUAAACGUAGGACACAUUGAGAGAAUGCAGGAGGGUAUCGUGCAUGUGCUCAAACUCCACUUGCAGACCAACCACCCCGACGACGUCUUUCUCUUCCCCAAACUCCUGCAAAAGCUGGCGGACCUGCGGCAGCUGGUCACGGAGCAUGCGCAGCUGGUGCAGGUGAUCAAGAAGACGGAGGCGGACGCCGCGCUGCACCCGCUGCUGCAGGAAAUUUACAGGGACAUGUACUGAGGGCGCGGCCCAGUGCGCACCGAAGAAACUUUCCCAGGGUUUUGUCUUUGUUUUUUUGUUUUUUAAGGCAACAGCACUACAGGUGAGACAUGGGAGCAACGCGGCUUUGCACCUUGGACAACGGAAAGCAUAACCAGCUCUAGGUAACCGGAAUCCUAUUAUUCCACGUCUCUCUGUUUAACCAGUUCUCCGAAGAGGGAGCGGAGUCUGGAAAGGCUGAUGAUGAGUGCCUGGGCCUCAGGGCUUGGAAAACAAGAAGGCAGCGGGUCAGCGGCCUGAUGGUGGCGCCCCCCGCCUCCUCGCUGUUAACCAGCGCAGGACGCUUUGUGCCACCUUAGUCCUUUACCCUUGAAUUCACCUCAGAACGCGGCCACCUCUUGACGCUAAUGCUCCUUUAGGAUUUGGAAAACUAAUCAGCACUUUUAAAACUUUUGUAAUGGUGUAAAUCUAGAUGUCCCCGAAGGUUAGGUAUUUUGAAAAAGCAGCAGAAUAUUUAUUUGAAGGACUUCAGUUCUGUGUCCCGAAUUUGAAGAAAGACAACACGCUGUUUUUUAAGCAUAGGAUUUAGACUUUCCAAGAACAAUGUGAUAAGCUAUCCAAACGCAGUGGUUCCAUUUCAGUUCGCCAUUUUCGUGGUUGUAACUAAUACGGGAAAGCCUGUUGUUCCCAGGUUUGUGGAGAAGGUCCCAGAAAGCCACGUCGCCAGCACCGCCCCCCCCCCAAACUUGGUUCUCUGUGGUCAGCGGGAACCGGACAGACUCGGAAGCACAUUGGCUCCCCAUUCCUCUCACCCCCAUUUCCUCCCAGAUCUGAACCAGCCGAGUCAGGUGGUUUGGGGGCCGCGGUGGUGUUUCCAGGGGCACAGUGACAAGUGACUUGUCGAUGUCGCUUUGAAGCUCCCUCUGUCAAGGCAGCUCUGUGGUCUUUUUCUACGUUGCUUUCCAAAAUAUGCAGCUUUAUUUUUUUAACUCUUGAUGGUGGUAGCUGCUCCCUGGAGUGGAGAAGGUGACUUUAUAGCAUGGCCUGGGGUCGGGGCGGGCUCGGGGUCUCAGCUGGAGAACCGGGGUGGGGGGGGGGUUGGGGGCGGGGAUGAAAUGGUGGUUUUUUUUCCUUGGUCUCAGGAUUCAUGACAGGCUGGUGUUUUUUACCAGGAUUUCGAGGGUGGUCUCCUUUUCCAAAUCCACAUAGAAGGUGAUUUUCCAACAUCAAAAAUAGGUGUUUCGGGAGUUCCCAAUGUGGUGCCACAGAAAUGAUCUGACCAGGAACCAUGACGUUGCAGGUUCGAUCCCUGGCCUCGCUCCGUGGGUUAAGUGGGUUAAGGAUCCGGCGUUGCCGUGAGCUGUGGUGUAGGUCGCAGAUGCAGCUCGGAUGCCACGUUGUUGUGGUGUUGGUGUAAGCUGGCAGCUAUAGCUCCGAUUCGACCUCUAGCCUGGGAACCUCCAUAUGCCGUGGGCUCGGCCCUAAAAAGCAAAAAAAAAAGGGGGGGGCAAAAUAAAAUAGGUGUUUCAGCCUUAAAGAUCAACUAACUGUUCAGCCUUGCCCAGAGAUGAAGGCAGUGCUGAUUAUAGGUUUUGUCCAGAGCACUCAGACCUGGAAGUUCUCUUUUUCUGUCCACCAGGGUAGAUCAGUUGUCCCAGCAGAGAACCUUCAGCAGUGCCCUCCUCUGAGCCAGACUGGGCUGGGUCUGCCAGUUCCAUUGCCCCCCUGGGUUAAGGAUCCUGGGGUCUCUGGAGGCCUCUUGGACCCACAGUGCUCACAACCUGGUUGUACCCUUGACACCCCUCCUCCUCUGUCUUUAGGAAGUUUGGUUCUAGAAGGUCUGAUUAUUUGCUGUUAAAGGAUGGUUAGGAUUGGCAUUCCCGCUAUGCCCAGUGGUUUAAUGAUCCAGCUUGUCUCUAUGGAGGUGCCAGUUUGGUCCCCAGCCCAGUGCAGUGGGCUGAGGAUCCCGCAUUGCUGCAGCUAUGGUGUCGGUAGCAGCUCUGGCUCCAAUUCGAUCCCUGGCCCGGGAACUUCCACAUGCUGCAGGUUCAGCUCAAAAAGAAAAAG